AUAGGUUCGACUUCCGUUUGUGGGCUCAAGGGAAACUAAGUGGUGCUGCGGCAAUGUUGAAAUUGUUUAGUCUACCAGGGCUGCCAUGGGGAUCUGGUACUGAUAAUGAGGAAAAGGUUGUGCUAACUGCUGCAGAAGUAGAAUCCCUUCGAUCAGAACUUGCUCAUUUAGAAGAAAGAGAAGCUCAUUUGAAAGCUCAGUUGGAACACAUUGAUGAAAUUUUGCGAUAUGCUCGUCUGUCUGGCUAUUUAUACAUUCGGAGUAGAUGGGCAGCAUUACCCGGAGAACCUCCUCCUAUUGAUGAUGUUGAUGUUGAUGACUGGCUUCCACGAUUUGUUGUCCUUAAUGGGCCAUGUAUCUUCUUCUAUCUGCUGUCUACAGAUUUGAGUCCUCAGGACUCGACUCUACUAUCUGAUGUAACUGAAGUAGGUCCUCUCCCAAGCUUUACGCCUGAAGAUGAUGAUACACGAUAUUCCUUCUAUAUUUUAACUCGUCAUGGACUACGGUAUGAGUGCUCAAGUGUUUCAAAAAUGCAGGCGGACUCUUGGUUGAUGGCUCUGCAAACUGAUUGCGAAUUGAGACCUGAUAAAACACUUUGCAGAUCUGCUUCGAAAGCUGCGAGGUCUCUAAUCACUGCUUCAAAACGCAGCUCUCAUGUUUUGGCCGAAGGUAAAGCAGCAGCUGCAGUGGCAGCCAUUUCACUCCGAGGAAAGGUGCCCUCUUUAGCUUCAUAUGGGGGGGCCAAUUCCGGGAACGCAUCUAGAGGAUGGAUUUCUGGACUCCUUGCCCUUCCUGCAGCAGCUUAUAUGCUUCAGGAGCAGGAGGCACAUGCUGCUGGGAUGGAGCGCACUUUCAUUGCUAUCAAGCCUGAUGGAGUGCAAAGAGGGCUGAUUGCAGAAAUCAUAUCACGUUUUGAGCGCAAAGGAUUUAAGCUUGUGGCGAUCAAGAUAGUGGUACCUUCAAAGGAAUUUGCUGAGAAGCAUUAUCAUGAUCUCAAGGAAAGACCUUUCUUUAAUGGCCUGUGCCAAUUCCUUGCCUCUGGCCCUGUUAUUGCAAUGGUUUGGGAAGGUGAGGGUGUAAUAAAAUAUGGUCGCAAACUUAUUGGAGCCACUGAUCCCCAGAAAUCAGAACCUGGAACCAUCAGAGGCGACCUAGCUGUUGUUGUUGGGAGAAACAUCAUCCAUGGGAGUGAUGGCCCUGAGACUGCCAUAGAUGAAAUCAACCUAUGGUUCAAGCCAGAUGAGUUGGUUAAUUACACUAGCAACUCAGAGAAGUGGGUCUAUGGAAACAACUGAUUUAGUUUUUUGUUCAAUUAUUCGGCAAUCUAGGCCCCUCAUGAAGAGUGGAGACAGAAAAUUAAAUGAUCAGAAUAAGAUGGUUUUUAUUUAUAUGUGAGUUGCAACAUUGCUUCGCUACAAACUAUCAGCGAAAUUGAAUCACUACAAUAAUCUAUUUUGCCCUCUUUGUUAAAAAAAAAAAAAAAAAAAAAAAAAAACCCAAAAA